AUGCAAAAGCGAGGAGGAAUCCCUCCUUCGCGAAAUUCGCAGGGGGUUGGUGGUGCAGCGGAGGAUAUUGACGACUCGCAGUUGUACACUUCUGCGGAGCUGUUCCCGUACCUCAGCGUGGAGGACCGUUCGAAUCUCAGCAAGGAGGUUGUGGCGGCGAUAAACAACGAACUGGUGCACCACGAGAAUUUGGAGGUUACCGUCCCACAUCUUGUGCGUUCCUGCGCCAAUGAGGCGAAGGAGCUUCGUCGCGCCAUCAAUUCCAUGGCUUCGUCGCAGAUGCUGGAGGGGCAUCGCGCGGUGCAAAUUGUGAGGGAGUGUGGCGAGCGCAUUCAAGACCUACGCAAGCUGUUCAUGAAACAGGGUGACCUCAUUACAGGAAUGGAAGUGACCUCAGGGAGCUACACACAGUUGCGACAACUGCACUUCCUACGCGAAAACAUAUUGUCCGUUAUACAGUGGGCCGAGGCACUAAAAGAGGUGCAAUACACAAAUUUUUAUGCUCUUGUAGAGCAACGACGGUUUGCAGCAGUAUAUAAGCAUCUACGCCGUUUACAAUUGAUUCGACAGACAGUAUCUGAAAAGACAAGUAGUAAGUACCAUAGUGCAUUUGAACCCUACUUUGAAAAACUAGAUGCGGUACAAACCGUAUUUGUGUCGGAGGUGUACAAACUAUUGGAGGAAAGCUCCGUGCAUGUGGCGAUUCAAAUGGCGCUUGAAGAUAUCCCGGGUGCUGGCACCGUCGCAGAAACGUUUCCAGAAUUUACGCAGCUGGAGGAGUGUGUUCAAGUCUGCGGGGAAGAAAUUGGAGGCGGAGAAGGUGGGGUUAGUACUGGUGUCUUAUGCACCGUUGACGGUGAACCACUCAUUACAGAGGAGAAAGUGUACCGUGCUGUCCGCAAGUGUGUAACUCGACUAUGGGAAGAGCAGGUUAUGGUGGAUGUUGUGGAUCCUUUUGGACAAAUCUCCACGUAUCUUGAACAGAUGAAAAAGGUGGCACCAUUGCUUGGUGCGCUGGAAAUGUCACUUAUUCCGCUUUCGACAAAGCUUUCAUUUUUUGCCACCGUUGUGGGUGCCAUUCACAGUGAGGUGAUGGGUGUUCUGCAGGGAUACGUCGAUCCCGCCGUCGAAGUUGAGGCGACGGGUCUUCUUGAGGCCUUGCACUUCAUACAGUGGUACAAAGCAGCCAUGACGGAAGCGAACUACGCAGCGUACAUUGAACUUGACGCCAUUGAUAGCCUUUCCGCAGCAAUGAUGACAUCCGCCAUUGAGGGCCUUUCUGCGCAUCUUGUUCGACUUUGUCGUGCAUGUGCCAUGUCAAUCAGGGACGGACGAAGUGAACCACUAACGCUUCCGAACGGCUUACCUGUGACGGCAGGUCCUGUGGACAUGUUUGCGGUGCUGCAGCAAUCUCUAGGAGGUCUUUCUACUGCCAUCGAGGUGCCUGUAAUGCGCAAGAUAGGUGUCGCCUGCGCGGAGGCGAUUAAAGCGUACCUUGAAGAAUGCAAGAUGCACAGCGAUUACGACUACUGGGAGGAGGAAAAUGAUACCGCAGGGAUUCCAGUUGAGGAAUGGACGAUGCAUCGAUUGGUGUUUCUCUACGCUUUCUGCAAUGACUGUUCAACGAUUGAGCGUAAUAUGGACACGAUUGAGCUCAAAUUUGCCUCUUAUUGGGACGAAGAGGAAGGUGGUGAGCAUUCCUCGCCGUUUCAGCAAACACAAGACUUGAUUUCCGAGCACGUCUUGUUCUAUGUAGACGAGAUUGUGCUACAUGUUGAGCGGGUGGUAAAUGCGCAGUGGAACCUCGUCUUUCGCUCCAAGGAAUGGUACGACAGCAAUGCCAACCCGACGGAGGUAAUCAUUGACACCAUAGGUGACUUUAUCGAUGAGGAGUUUACUAAGGCACUCGAGGAGUCACGGAUGCGCAUGGCUGUGCGAAGUAUGUUGACGCGAUAUGUGCACAAAUAUCUUACCACACUUAUGGAGUUUCUUGGAGAAGUUAUACGCCACCAAAGUACUCGAUCUGUGGAGGACUGGAAUGGGUUUGUGGACUGCUUUAGUCGCGACACUGUGCUUGCCAUGAAAAUGUGGGGUGAACGUGUGAAAGAGGGCAAUGGAAAGCUGGUAAAUGCCGCACGGCGUGUGCUGGAGUUGAUCAUGCACCUUCUUAGUGUAAAGAAACCGGUAGAUUUUAACUUUCUUGUGCAGAAGGAUCUUCUUGAUGAGUUUGGUGACUGCCCGUCCUUUGUUGUGCGCUUCAUUUUGAAGGCGCGACAGAAGGAGCUGGAUACGGAGACACGCGACACCAUGCUCUCGCUGUGGAACGAGUGCGUGGCGCAUCAGCAGCGUGGAGCCGAUGACGUUCCCACCGUUGGUUGGUCCCAAGCACCGUCCUUUCUCGGUGCACUGGAUCGCUCAAUGGCCGAACUUGACAAACGGGGCAGUUUCUUCCGCAAGAGUGCGCAACAGCGGCGCGUAAAGGCAGAGCAAAUGCGGCGAGAGGCUGAAAAACAAAACAAGCGAGAGGAACGCCGUGCUAGGCGCGAGAUCAAUGCGGCGGCCGCAAAAGUGAGGGCUCCAUUGAAGCCACCGCGGCUUUCUCUGACAGAUGAAAAGGUGGAGGUUGCUAACCUCGCCGACCUCCUCAAGUAA